AUGCUCCAAGCCAUCGACUGGCCCGGCGUGGACUCCUACAUUGCUGCUUAUGUCAUGACGUACCUCGUGUGCAAACGUACAAAAGUGCACGACGGCAACUUGCUGUCGGCAAGCAGUGGUUCUGCCAAUAUCCCAGCCGAAGCAAAGUCACCUACGAUUAAGGACCUGAGUUUACUGGUGACUAGUUCUUGCAGAACUACGCGCAUCGAGCAAUGGUACAAGCCCAGAAACACUGUGAUGCUUCGCGUCCCCAAGGCGUUUCAAUCCAAGACAAAGGCUAUUGCUCAUGUCCCGUACACGAUCAAGUCAAUUCACAGUAACGGCACGGUCACCAUUGACAAGUGUACGACGACGCAGCAAGUUAGCAUCCGACGCAUUUUCCCUUGUUAA